AUGGCCGAUCCGCUAUCGAUUACGGCAAGUGCGGCAGGAAUUGUAUCACUGGGUCUCAGUGUUUGUAAGGGUCUACUGGCUUACUACAGGCCAUACAAGUCAUGCUAUGAGGAUAUCGAGAACACUGUGGAGGUUGUGGAGAGCUUAAAUGGUACACUCGAAGGACUAGAUAGCUUACUUGCUGAAGCAUCAGUGUUCCAAAGCUCUUCAGUGGCGCAACAGGCUGUCUGCGCCGCUGGCCUGAUCAAAAGGUGCCAAGUACGCAUGCACAAGCUCGAUACAAUGCUAGCCAAGUUCAGAAAGACCUCGUCGAAUGGGAAAAUGGCAGGCUUGAGAGGUCAAGUCAAUCGGAUGUUGUAUCCAUUUCGGAAGGAAACGGUAUUGUCAAUCAAAGAAUCAUUAACCUCAUUGCAGGGAAGCCUUGUCAUUGCUUUGCAUAUCCUACAAUUACUGGAAUAG